GUCUGCCUCUGUGAGAGUGAACAACCGUCCAAAUGGCUCAGCGAGGAGUUCUGCUGGACAAGGACCAGUUCUGUUGUUCUGUCUGUCUGGAUGUACUGAAGGAACCAGUCACCAUCUCCUGUGGACACAAUUACUGUAGAAGCUGUAUUGAGGGCUGCUGGGAUCGGGAAGUUCUGAAAGGGGUUUAUAGCUGUCCUCAGUGCAGACAGACCUUCAAUCCAAGGCCUAAUCUGAAGAAAAAUAACAUGUUGGCAGAGAUGGUGGACAAACUGAAGAGGACAGGACUCCAGGCUGCUCCCUGUCCUGCUCUGUGCUAUGCUGGACCUGGAGAUGUGGCGUGUGAUUUCUGCACUGGGUCCAGAAAGCAGAAAGCCCUCAUGUCCUGUCUGGUGUGUCUGGCCUCUUACUGUGAGACUCACCUCCAACCUCACUAUGAAUCCCCUGCUUUCAAGAAGCACAAGCUGGUUAAAGCCACCACACAACUACAGGAGAAGAUCUGCUUUCAUCAUGACAAACUGCUGGAGGUUUACUGUCGUACCGAUCAGCAGUGUAUCUGUAUGCUGUGUACAAUGGAUGAACAUAAAGGCCAUGAUACAGUGUCAGCUUCAGCAGAGAGGACUGAGAAACAGAGGCAGCUGAGGAUGAGUCAGCAGAAGGUCCAGCAGAGAUUCCAGGAGAGAGAGAAGGAGCUGAAGAAUCUCCAAAAAGCUGUGAAGUCUCUCAAGAUCUCUGCACAGGCAGCAGUGAAGGACAGUGAUCAGAUCUUUACUGAGCUGAUCCGCUCCAUUGAGAGAAGGCGCUCUGAGGUGAAGGAGCUGAUCAGAGCCCAAGAGAAGGCUCAAGUGAGUCAAGCUGAAGGACUCCUGGAGCAACUGAAGCAGGAGAUUGCAGAGCUGAGGAAGAGAAGCACUGAGCUGGAGCAGCUCUCACACACCGAGGAUCACAUCCAUUUCUUCCAGAGUUAUCAGUCUCUCUCCAGUAUCAGUGUAUCUUCAGACUUACCCAGCAUCGUUGUCCGUCCUCUUCAGUACUUUGGAGAUGUGAGUAAGACUGUGUCUGAACUGAGAGAGAAACUAGAAGACUUCCUUAAAGGAGAAUGGACCAAGAUCUCCACUACAGUGAAUAUAGUGGAUGUUUUACUGCCUCCAGAGCCCAAGACCAAAGAACCGUUGUUACAAUAUUCCUGUCAGCUCACACUGGACCCAAACACAGCAGGAACACGCCUCUCUCUGUAUGAAGGGAACAAAAAGGUGACCUCUGCACGCCAAAUCCAACCAUAUCCUGGUCAUCCAGACAGAUUCACCAACCAGUGGCAGGUUCUGUGUAGAGAGGGUCUGUCUGGAUGCUGUUACUGGGAGGUGAAGUGGAGUGGUAAUGUUAUUACAGCAGUCUCAUAUAAAGACAUCAGCAGAACAAAGACAAAUAAUAUAUUUGGAGACAAUAGCAAGUCCUGGGGUUUACAGUGCUAUAGAGGUGGUUAUUGUUUCAGACACAAUAAUGUUGAGACUAAAAUAUCAGGCCCUCAGUCCUCCAGAGUAGGAGUGUACCUGGAUCACAAGGCAGGUACUCUGUCCUUCUACAGUGUCUCUGACACAAUGACCCUCCUCCACAGAGUCCAGACCACAUUCACUCAGCCUCUCUAUCCUGGGUUUUGUCUCUGUGGUACUGCUGAGCUGGUUAAACUGUAGUAGGGUCCACAUAGAUACUAGUCAUGUUGGUGUAGUCUAUAGCUGACCUGGUUAAACUGUAGUAGGGUCCACAUAGAUACUAGUCAUGCUGGUGGUGAUGGUCCCCAGAUAUAAUGGUCUGUUUUUCUGUACAAUAAUUUGUCUGACUGUAGAGUUGAAUUAAAAUGUUAAUUUUUUAUAAAUGUCUUAUUUUUAUAAAAUAGAAUGCUUUAAUAUUGUACAUUUCCAUGAAUCAUGGGGUCUAUAAAUUGGCAUUCAGAACCAUUGAUAUGUUUUCAGAUUUUACCUUGUCAGCUCGGGGAUUUGAUCUUGCAAUCUUUCAUUUAAUGGCCCAAGACUCUAACCACAUGACACACCAUUCUCUGUCACUAUGCCAUUUUUCUCAGUGGCAUUGAACAGGUACUAUCACUAACUAACUAACUAAACUAUAUUGAACGGACACAGAUUAAUCCUAGUCCUGGGCUAAAAAGUAUGUUCAAUGUAGAUGUCCAUGAAACCAUCCCUAAAUUUGACAUCUUUCAUCCUCCCAUACUGCUUUGUCAAGCAACAUUAAACCUGUCCAUCAGGUGGUGAUAUUGAAGAAACAUCAAACCAGCAGAUAUCUUGACUUGCCACUCAGUUUCUCAGUGAUGUUCAGAAUAGUACUUUAAUAUCAUUGGAGAUUGAUGGUCUUUUUAAUCCACUAUCCAGAGUCAGGAACAGAUGAAGUUGGGUCUGCUACUGUUCAGUGAUUAAAUAUGACUUAUGGUGAUGGGAAAUAAAAAAUACAACACUAAA